AUCACGCUUUUAUUGAGGGAAAGGAUGUUUUCACGUGGCAAACGUUUCAUGCAAUUAGUCGGACCAGAUGUGGUUUAUUGGUUUCCGGCAUGUAUAUUAUUAGGAGCGGCUUUCGAACUUUUCAAAAUAAAGUUCACAUUUAUGGGUGUGAACUAUUAUACGGUGUUCAGGAAAAAACAAAUGCAACAACAGCUGGAAGAUUUAGAAAAUUGGCUGAAACAGAUGGAUGAAUUAUCUGCUCAAGCUGUACAAUCACAAAUUGAAGCGAGGAAAAAAAAGUGAUUUCUAAAAAAGAAUCCGAAUAAACAAAGGAAUCUGUGCAUGAAUAAAUGCACCAUUGAGAUUCUAGGUUAGACAAGAAUAGACCAAUAAGUAUCCUCAAACAGUGAAAUAUUUCCUU